GGGGAGAACUAUGGCAGGUGCAUCUUGGAGUGUGUGGUGUAAAGCUGAGCCUGGGGGAAGUAGAUGGGUGUGUUGGUGAAUUUCAGUUCUGGUUUUCUCUGUGCUUGAGCCCAUGGAGAAGUGCAGUUGAGGCCAGUCCUCUGACACUGUAGGGGAUUCACACUACCCCAAUCCAAUGCUGCUGCCAUCAGGUCAUUUUUAUUUUAUGAAGAAAUCAGAGUGAUUGCUUGAGGAAUAUUGUAUCCAAAUGGAUUUAAGCAGGAUCACUUGUAUGGGAUCAAGGGUUCCUGGUGACUCAGGGCACCUCAUGUCUCUUCUUGGGUAUGUUAAGAUUUGCUGUGAUGGUGUCACAGAACAUACACUUGAGAUUUUUUGAUGGGUAUUGUCUUGCUCCAUAGCUGUUUUUAUUAUAACUUUUUUUUGUUAGGGAUUAGGCAAAUCCAGGCUGUUGCAGGUCGCACACCCACAUGGUAGGUGGCUGAGGGGCAGGGCCCCAUGGAGGGGAUCCCUUUGGGUUCAUCAGAGGGGUGUUCAAAGCAGGACACAGCUCAGCCUGCAGCACCAGAUGCACUCUGGUAACCAGGCAGCCCCAGCAGUGCUCCCUGUGUGAGAGAAGGUGGCCUGGGAGAGGGGAAAACAUUUCAUUUCAGAUUCUCUCCCAGAGACCCCAGUGGAGCAGCACUGGGUGCUGUGUGAGCCCAAGGAGCUGGGGAACAUGUCCUGGCCUCCUCCCCUGGAUCAUGAAGGGCCACCAAAGUGCUUUCCACCACCUCAGCUCCACCUUUCUUAUCCUCAUGAGCACCAGAAUAAUUGCUGGGUGCAAUUAUUCCAACCACCAAGAGAGCUUCAUCCUAAUUAGGACAGGAGUGGAGACAACUGCAGAAACUGAAGUUUCAGUGGAGGCAAUGUGAAGUGAUCCAGUCUCCAAAGGACACAUCAUCAUCUUCCCACACUGGGGAGGUCUGCUCUGAUUGCAUCGGUGGGAUUUUUCUGUUCCUACUUAGGAAACAUUUUGAUGGUUUACUCAAAAAUCCCCUGUCUGUGGGAGAACACAUGACCACACCAAAGGCUGAUUUCCUUUAACUGUGGAUUUCAGGACCAUGUCCAGAAAUACCUUCUCUGUUUUAUCCAGUAUCCUUGGGGUUCUGAGGUACUCGGGAUUUUGCUCUGCUGCUGCUGCUGCUGCUGCUGCUGGCAACAGUUCCCAGGGUAUGGGUUAUCCUGAGGGAUAUCUUGGGAAGCUUCAAGCAUAAAACAAGCCUCGUUUGUGCUUUAUGAAACAAAAGCAAUUUGUCUGCAAGCAGUUUCCGGAAUCAACAAAAUGCAAGGGUUUUAAUGAGAAAAGCUGCUAGGAGAACAAGGAUCGAGUCCAACUCCUAACUCUGCACGGGACACCCCAAAACCCCAUCCUGUGCCUCAGAGUGUUGUCCAGGUGCCCUUUGAGCUCUGGCAGGCUUGGGGCUGCCCUGGGGAGCUGUUCCAGUGCCCGCCCACGCUGGGAGGGGAAGAACCUUUCCCCAAUAUCCAGCUCCGUGACACAACCUCAGCCGUUCUCCCUCUCGCCGGGUUUUCCCAGCACCGCUUCCCCUCACGGCCGUUCCCGCCCUCUUCUCCCCUCAGGGCGGCUCCCGCCUCCUUCCAGCCCCUCAGGGCCGUUCCCCUCACGGCCGUUCCCGCCCUCGUUUCCCCUCAGGGCGGCUCCCGCCUCCUUCCAGCCCCUCAGGGCCGUUCCCCUCACGGCCAUUCCCGCCCUCUUCUCCCCUCAGGGCGGCUCCCGCCUCCUUCCAGCCCCUCAGGGCCGUUCCCCUCACGGCCAUUCCCGCCCUCUUCUCCCCUCAGGGCGGCUCCCGCCUCCUUCCAGCCCCUCAGGGCCGUUCCCCUCACGGCCGUUCCCGCCCUCGUUUCCCCUCGGGGCGGCUCCCGCCUCCCCCCAGCUCCUCAGGGCGGCUCCCGCCGCGAUGUUCCGCGGACACCGUGCUUGGUUCUCGCAGAGCGUCAGCCCGGGCCCGCGGGGGCUCUGGGCAGACGGUGGCGGGACGAUCGCCCACUGGCUGGAUGCUGACUACCUCUUCAGCAGCGAUGCUGCCCACCCCGACACCCGCAGCAUUCACGAGAGUCUCCGUUACUUGGAGGGCAGAGCCACAGUCUUUCACUCCUGUUACCUCUCAGUGUGUGCGAGCACCCGAGCUGCAGAGAGGCCCUCGCUGGUUCUGGGCCUCUUCGUCCUGCCCCCUGCCUGCCUGCAUGAAGAAAUCAGAAGGAAAAUUGGCCGGUUUAUUUGGGAGAAGGCAGAUACCCUUGAAGAACAGCGCAAUGAAAAUCCAACAGAGGAACCAGCAGCAGCUAGAAAUGGCUGUGAGGAGGAAUCACAGGAGGAAGUGCUAGACCUGGCUGAGAGCAGUGAAGAAACAGACUCUGAAGCACCUGCCCAGGGAGAAUUUCCAUACCGUGCCCUCCAGGAAUACCCAGUAAAUAACAUGGUGACAGGCUAUGCCUCUGCACGGGACAUGAAGAAAUACGAGGGGGAACUCCACGACUUUAUCCCCGGCACUUCGGGCUACGCAGCAUACUGGGUUCAAAGCAAAUGUAGCAUUUACUGUGAGAAGACCAAAAUGAAGAGGAAAUGGUGAGGAACAGGUGGCUGGAGCAGCAAAAACUUCCAUUUGAGAGCUGCCAGAUGAUUUAUAAAUUAUCCAACUGCAGCUCAGAACAUUCAUUGUGUUAUUUAAGUACUGGCUACAGUUAUUGCAGUAUUUGCUUCUUUAAGUACCUAAAUUUCACAACAAACAUAAAUACAGACAUUUUCCCCCAAAACACAAAUAUUUUCUUUUUAUUGUGAGGCUGGGUGGGGGGGGUGUGUGGUGGCUUAAGCUGUGUUUUAACUAAUUUAAGCAAGUUUUUCUUGGAGGGAGAAUCCAAGGUCUCCUCACUUUCAUUUAAUCAAGGAAUUUUAAGACUUUUCCCCAUCAUUUAAGCACUCGGAAGUGACCAAUAGGGCUGCAAAAAGCAACUUUUACUGUGGUAACAGCCUGAUCCCUGGGCUGCCCACUUGGAGGAAGCACAGGAAAACCUAGGACAGGCUCCCACAAGCUCCAAGGAGCCACCAUGGUUGCUCUCCCACUGCCCCAAAGACAGGAGAGCGUCUCAAAUAACAGCUUUGC